UGCCCGCCCGCCCCCGCCGCUUCCUGCCUGUGCGGGGCGGGACCGGUGAAGCCGAGGUCCGCCCGCCUCGCUGGGUCGUAGAGAGCCGCUGGCAGCGCGGGCCAUGGCGGGGAGAAACCCAGGCACGAAGCUGGAACUUGGCUGGAUCUCAAAAGUGUAUGUGAAUCGACCUGAAGUUGUGAGGCAUGCAGAACAAAUUAAAAAAUGGAGCACUGUGAAAGGUAAUUGGCAAGCUGCUUGGCUGCUGAAAGCUGUCACCUGCAUAGACCUUACCACUCUUUCAGGUGAUGAUACUCCUUCGAGUAUUCACAGGCUGUGUUUUAAAGCAAAGCAUCCCAUCAGAGAGGAUCUGCUGAAAGCCUUGGACAUGCAUGAUAAAGGUAUUACUGUCGGAGCAGUUUGUGUAUAUCCUGCAAGAGUCACCGAUGCUGUUAAUGCCCUAAAGGUUGCUGGCUGCAACAUACCAGUAGCUUCAGUGGCUGCUGGGUUUCCAUCCGGGCAAACUCUUCUAGAAGUCAAACUGGCUGAAAUAAAGCUGGCUGUGCAGUAUGGUGCUAGAGAGAUUGACAUUGUCAUUAGCAGGGCUCUGGUGCUGACUGGCCAGUGGGAAGGUCUCUACGAGGAGAUCCGUCAGUGCCGUGAAGCCUGUGGAGAAGCUCGUAUGAAAACAAUCUUAUCAACGGGUGAACUGGGGUCUCUUGCUAAUGUCUACAAAGCCAGUAUGAUAGCUAUGAUGGCAGGUUCUGAUUUUAUAAAGACGUCUACAGGGAAGGAGGUGGAAAAUGCGACCUUUCCAGUUGGAGUAGUCAUGAUGCGAGCCAUUAAAGAAUUCUACUGGCAAACUGGCUGCAAGGUUGGAUUUAAACCUGCUGGGGGCAUUCGGACGGCAAAAGAAGCUGUUACGUGGCUUAUGCUGGUGAAGGAGGAAUUGGGAGUGGAAUGGCUAACACCAGAGCUCUUUCGCCUGGGUGCCAGUAGUUUGCUGGAAGACAUCGAGAAACAGAUUUUCUACCAUGUGACUGGCUCUUAUCCGCUUCAGCAUGACCUGGCAAUGGCUUAGACACAAAAUCAACUCAGGAUUACUUUCACAAAAGAGGUCUUUAAGCAAACAACAUUCAGAAGUUUUCUGACAACCAAAUGCAUAUGAUAAAAUUAAAAGACUAAUUCUUCCUUCUUCAUA